CACAGACACGUUCGGGGUUGUUUUCUUGCCCCCGUGUGCCUUCUUGCCCAACUGUCUCACUAUUCCUUGAAAUGCGCUCGUGACGCAGCCACUUCCCGGUUAAACCCGCCUCCUCAUCCUCGACCCGAGCUGCGGCGCCGAGAACCGCUCAGCGUUCAGGGCGAAUAAAGCAGAAAAGGCAUUUUUAAUGAAAACCAAAGACCGAUCUCUGGUUUGUGGCAUGUCAGCGUUGAGGGACCCGUCGCCCUGAGUAAAGCUCCUCAGGUGGUGUCAGAUGGAUUGAAUUAAAUCCAAUGAAUUAUGGAGGGCAUAGGAAAACAAGGAAGAUGUCGUUUCACCUUACUGCUGCUUAUGUUAAUGAGCGUCCCCGUGUUGACGAUACUACAGCUUGAAGAACAGCCAUGUCGAUCCGACGAGUAUAAGACUGAAGAGGGAAUAUGUUGCAUCAGAUGCCAUGCCGGUUAUAAGCUGGUAGAAAAAUGCCAUGCUGUCGGCCAGAGAUCUAAUUGCACAGAAUGUAGUAAGGGUGAAUUCUCCGACCAAAUGAACUCCAGCCCCACCUGCAGAAGAUGCAGGAAGUGCAAACCAAAAAGGAAUGAAUAUGAGUUCUCGGAGUGUAGCGGUAAACAAGACACUAUUUGUCGAUGUAAAGACGGCUACUAUAAAGAUAACAUUGAUUCCGAAACAUACGAAUGUAAGAAAUGUAAAACAUGUGGAAUUAAUGAGAACGAAGUAAAGCCAUGCACACAUGAAAGGAACACUGAGUGUGAAUGUAAGGAGAACUACUACAGAGUGAGGGACAAGUGUGAACCCUGCACCAGUUGUACUGCGGAGUGCGCACAAUACUGUUCAACUCCUGUUCAGACAAAAGGUCCUGACCAUCAUCAUCCACCAAUCAUAAAUCUAAUCGCUGGAUCUGUGGCUGUGGUUUUUGUUGUGCUGGCGUUGGGUAUUUCUAUCACCUACAUGGCCACAAAAUCGUUUAUCAAGAGAAAGCUGCAGCGUCAGUCCUCCUAUCCACCCAGCCCGUCAAACGAAGAUAGCAAGGAUUUUCUGGUCAGCAUUAGAGAGGAUUCAGGGGAAAACGGUCUGAGAACCGCUGUUGAAGCCCCUCUGGGUGAGCAGGAGUUAUCCAAGCUGCCUGACUGCGUCCCGAUGAUCCCUGACCUUAUCUACGCGGUGCUGGAUCUGGUUCCCGUGCAUCAGGUGAAGCAGCUGGUGCGCUGUCUCGGCGUGACGGAUAUGGAGAUCGAGCAAGCAGAGAUGGACCACAGGUUCUGCCGGGAGGCUCACUACCAGAUGCUGCGGGUGUGGGCCCAAAGGGGCUCGGGGGCAGUCGGAGUGGGACAGGGGGAAAUGGUACGCCGGCCGCUUCUGGAGGAGCUCUUAGACAAACUGAGACAGAUUCACCUGAGUCGGGCAGCCGAGGAACUGGAGACAAAGUAUGCCAUUCAGUGAUGUAAUCCCUGCCACCCUGCUUAAAAAAAAAAAAAGCUUAUGAGACCAAGUAUUGUUCACUUAGAGACAUUCCAAAAGAUGGAUUGAAGUGGAAAUGGUGCUAAAUCCAAAGCAGCGUUUUUCCUUCACAAGACCUGCGAGACAGAAAGCUCUAGCUGCGAUGCCCCGAACCAUUCACUGUGACCAACAAGCAAAACGGCAGCAAAGAAUCAAAGACUCCAAGAAAAUGGGACAAACACAGCUUUAUUAAGAACUCCUUUUAACGUGAAUAGUUUUAGAUUUGCAGAGUUGUCGAUGAGAAGUGUAACACGAAUUUAAUGCAACUACUUUGUGAAGAAAUAAUUCACUAUUGAUAGCAUUAGAAACAGCCAACCCCCGCUCAGGUAAAACUAACCCUCCAUUUAUCUCUGAAGUUGAAAUUUGGACCUAAUGACCUGGAAGUCGGUGAUUUGGCUGCAUGCUGCGACUGGGUCUACGCAAGCUCAAGAUAAAUUAUUUCUGAGCAUGAAGAAAAGUUCUGUUGUGCUAUAUGCUCAUAUUGAGUUGCCAAAUGAGAUACAAAUAAAUCCCUAAAUACUGCGGCUAUCACCAAUCUUUAUGCAAGACACAGAGAUCUUUGCCAUUUCAAGCCAGUCUUUACUGUUUUCUUGCAGAUUUUUCUGAAUUAGAUUUCAAACGUCCGACUUUAAAUGAAUCGGAGGAAAAAUAGAUGUGUGGUUUCCUUGGCUUGUGGUAAGGCCUUAGAGGGCUUGUGGCACGAGAACUGUGGUUAUCUUCUCAUCUUCUGACUCAAUUUUGCCACUUCAGACAUAAAUCGAGCACAUUUUAUUUAAUUUUAUAUUUUAGAUCACCACCUUAGGAUCUCAUUGUGACUUUUUUAACAGAAGCGAAACAAUGUUUUAAAGUUUUGUUUGCAAACUGAAAGCAUUUCCACAAUAAUCUCUGUGCGCACUAAAGUGUAAAAAAUCUAAAAGGUAACUAGGUAUUCUCAGCAUUGGUGAUUAACAGAGAUGACUGAUAAUUAACGCCUUGUGUUUACAUACUUUCUCAGCGACCACAGUGAUGCUGCGAUUCGGUUAUUCCUUCAGUGUUAGCAAUUUUGAUUAAUUAGAAAGUUAUUGCAUAAGAAUUUAUGUUAUCCAAUGUUUUACCUUUCAAGCUUCACUAAUGAGUUUUCUGCCUGUGCACUGGUUGGACGAUUCAGCUGGCUGAACCAGAAACUGCAAGAUGACAAGGCAAUAUGUGUUUUUUUUUCUGAACAAAGGAUUGUAUUGCAAAAAAUGUCUUUGAGUUUGCAAACAUAACUUUAGCAUUUAGAUUUUAUUUAGAGAUGCACCAAUCAGGCUUUUUUCGGCUAAUGGCAAUUUCUGGUUCGACUUGCCGUUUCAGAUUCGUUUACUCCCCCAAGAAUUUAAAUACAUAAAAGAGAAAAAUAUCUGCAGCAGCUGUUUUCGUUUUAGUUUUGAACCCAACAGAAAAUGAAUGCAUUGCACGUUUGUCCUUGUUUACGCAGCAGCCUUAAUGCUGAUGGUUGAUACAUUUGUAGACUGAUAAUGUUGGAAAUUCUUAGUUUUAAUGCAUUUCAUAUGUUGGGGAAAAAUUGUCGAUCCGAUCUUUAAGCUAUUGAUUGGUGCAUCUCUUAUUUUACUAUCAAACCUUUUGCUGGUUGCCUAGUCUAAAGUUAAAAAUCAGAGACAACGUAAGAGUGUUUACUUAUUUCAAUGUCACUAUAGUGUUGAUCUUUUCAUGUAUAAGAGUUUUAUAUAGUAGAUACAUUUUAUAUCAAAUAUUUUGUAGUAUAUUUCAUUUUUCACAUAGCUUUAUUUUUAAAUUUUCAAAAGUUUAAUAGAUUGUAAUCUCUGUGUCAUUUUUACUAUGGUUAUCUAAGCUACUUUUUAUAGUUAUUUCUAGUCUUCACUAUUGUAAAUGGACUUAAAACACCCAGGAGGUCUUUUUAGUGUAAAAUGUCAGAUAAAAUGGAAACUGUUUAACCAACACAAUGGAUUAAAGUGGUUAAUAUUUUCAUAGCUGUUUCCUGUUAUGCUGGAGAGGGAGGAGAAAAAACACGUCAGAUCUGCUUUAUUGGAAGCAGUGAAGUCGGGGAAGUGUUUUGUUCCUCCUCAGCAUCGACCAGAACACGCUCUGCUGUCUUUUACAGGCGCUUCACCGCCUCAGUGGCAUUCUUUAAAGCCCCAAUCAUACAAGCAUUAUUUGUGGCACGCCUUGUCUCAAGUCUGUUUCAGCUUCUGUAUUCGUGCCAGCCGUGGAGAGGAGGUGCCGACUGAAGAAGUGUGACUCUAGAUUCACUUUUAUGCUGUUUGAAACUGGUUUUAUCCUUCGAGUUUUGAAUAAAGGCGUUGUGAAUCUUC